GGGGGCGGCACUGUGUGAGGUGUACGUACUGACGACACGUGAUAGCCUCCUGAGCUCUGUGAAUGGAAAUAUCGACAGAAUAUAGUAUACUUUUUUUUAAAAGUGCAGAUGUAAAUCAACCAUGCACGGAUAACUAAUUCUGAUGAUCAAAUCUUAUCAGGAUUAAAUUAUUGUACAUGUGGUGUAACAUUAGAAUAAAACUCCACGGAAUGACUCGGAAUCAUUGAAUUGCAAUCAACGACGGAGCAGCACGGACUAUCGAUAGGCUAUGUACUGCCUGUAGCCUGUUCGACUCCUCUCGUACGACAGCCUACUGAGAUCGGUCUGUGAAAGUGUUUCGUUGUCUUUGUCAUUUCAUGAGGACCAGGUUGAGACAGCAGAGAGACACACUGAUUGGCUGGAGGAACCUGUGGAGAGAUGACGCACCAGAGUGUCCAGAGGACUGAUCCAAGUUGACUACAGACAACUGGGGAGGAUUAAGAGACUCUGAGAUGGUAUCUGGAGGAGUCCCCAGAUCAUAACGUCUGACGUUAGAACCUUCCGGACACCUUGUCACUGCCAGAGCUACCAAAGGUGUUGUGUAGUCCGUUCAAAUCGAAAGAGAAACUGUAAGAGGCGCCGGGGAUUAUGGGACGUUGGACCCGCGGUGGAGUGACUCCUGGUUAGUUCCCAGGGGGGCCCAAUGAGUAGUAGCAGCCAUAACACCAGCCUGCUACGGGGCCGCCGCUUCUACUGUCGGGAAUGGGCCCUGGAAAAGCUCCAGCGCUGUCUGGAAGCCAAGCCUGCUCCCGGCCGGCCCCCGGGGAUCCUGGUAACUGGGGGUCCCGGGGCAGGAAAGACAGCUCUAUGCACGGAGGCAAUAUGGCCCAACUCGGACGCAGGGAUGCGGGUCGGACUGGCGCCCCAUUGCCUUGCAUUUCACUUCUGCCAGCGGGAGGACGGGAGGAGCGUGGCGGUGUGGAGGUUUGUCCUGGGACUGGUGGAUCAGCUGAGGGUCAGCCCCCUCCUCCCCCUGGGGUACAGGGACACACUGGACAGCCCGUUGGUGGCUCCCACCCUGAAGCCCCUACACUGCCAGAGGGACCCAGAUGACACCUUUAAAAGGGCAGUGUUGUUUCCCUUGCUGGACCUCCCUCCCCCAGAGAAGUCCCUAUUCCUGGUGGUAGACUCACUGGAAUCGGGGUAUGGGGCCGGUGAGGUGUCCAGCUGUGCUGGGGCUCCAGGGAGGAGCAGCAGCUCUAUCUCAGAGCUCCUGUCCAGUCACCAGCACCUCCUGCCCAACUGGCUGCUCCUGGUCUGCUCUGUGCGCAGACAGAACAAGGCUGUGUGUAAGAUGUUCUCAGGUUUCCGUAAACUGUGUCUGGACGAUCUGCGUAAACCUGCGCCGGUACGUGACGUGCAGCACUAUAUCCUGCGGAGGCUGGACCAGGAGGGGGCGCUCCGUCGACAGCUGACCCCCGAGACGGCCGACAUGCUCAACUUGCUGCACAUCAAGAGUGGCGGCUGCUUCCUGUUUCUGGAACGCGUUCUGGACGGCGUGGCGGGGGCCUUGGUGGGGCUCCGGGAGAUCCGGGACAUCCCGGGGACCCUCAACGGCCUCUACUUGUGGCUCUGUCAGAGAUUCUUCCCCAGAGGCCUGUUCCUCCAAGUCAGGCCCCUCUUCAACGCCCUACUGGCUUCCCCCAGGCCCCUCACCACCCAGGAGCUCUACACCACCACCUGGACCCAGGACAUGUCCCUCAGCCCUAUGGACUUCCAGAGCAGGCUGAAGGCUCUGUCUACUCUGCUUAUCGACGGGCCGGGAGGCAGCAAGCUCCUGUUCCACACUAGUUUUGCAGAGUGGCUGACGGACGUGAAGUACUGCACCCAGAAGUAUCUGUGUAGCGUGUCUGAGGGACACACCAUGCUGGCCAUGGCUCUCACCCUGCGCGCCCCACACCUUAACACAGAGGACACCUGUCAGAUGGGCUCGCACCUGGUCAGCUCAGGCAUGCACAAGGACAACCCUGCCCUCCUGGCCCUGUGGCUGUUGUGGGCUGAUGUGCCCCCUCUGACUAGCCCCUUUUCCCCCUCUUCCCCUGCCUCUCAGCCGCCUGUCCUGGUCAGGCAGGGGGUCCUCCAGCUGCUGAUGAAGAGUGGGGUGUUCCCUCCCUCCUGUGCCCCAGAUGGAGGCCCCAGCGUGGGGGUACAUUGUGCAGGAGGUGGGGGAGGCAUCAUCGGGCAGGCGCUGGAGAAGCAGGACACAGUGAGGGUGCUACUGGACAGCGGGGUAAGCGUGAACCGGGCCGACCCCACAGACGGACGCACCCUCCUGGCCAGCGCGGCCCAUGCAGGCUCAGCCGAAGUGACCGACCUACUCCUGACCCGAGGGGCUGACCCUCUGAUCAGUGACCACCAGGGCCAGACCCCCUUAACGCUGUCUGCCAGGCAGGGCCAUGUCAGGGUGCUGGGGAUGCUGCUGGAUUGGGCCAGGGGGCUGGAUCUGGAGGCCGGCAUGGGGAUGGUGGAGCAUGCAGACAGCGAGGGCUGGACGGCCUUACGGUCAGCGGCCUGGGGGGGUCACACCGAGGCCGUGCACCUCCUCCUGGAUGCAGAGGCUGACGUGGACGGGUGUGAUGCUGAAGGCCGAUCGGCGCUGAGGGCGGCGGCCUGGGGGGGUCACGAGGAGAUCCUCCUCACUCUGCUGGACCAUGGGGCGCAGGUGGACAAGGUCGACCGGGAGGGCCGCACUCCACUGAUUGCUGCCGCCUACAUGGGCCAUCUGGAGGCGGUAGAGAUCCUGCUGGACCACGGGGCAGAGGUCGACCUGGCCGACGGAGACGGCCGUACUGCCCUGUCAGUGGCUUCUCUCUGUGUGCCCACAGCGGCUGGAGUCAAAGGUUACGGCGAAGUGGCCAGCCUGCUGUUGGAGCGAGGGGCGGACCCGGGGCACAAGGACCAGGAUGGGAUGACCCCUCUGCUGCUGGCUGCGUAUGAAGGUCACGAGGAGGUGGUAGAACUGUUGUUAGAGGCUGGGGCAGACGUAGACGAGAGCGCCGGGCCGCACGCCGCCGCCGCCGCUUCUGCAGCCGUCACCCCGCUGUUGGCGGCUGCCGCCAUGGGUCAUUCCGCGACAGUGGGCAGGGUGCUGUUCUGGGGCGCUACGGUGGAUGGCAUCGACGGGGAGGGUCGUACAGCUCUGAGCCUGGCAGCAGCACGGGGCAGCGUGGAGGUGGUCAGAGCACUUCUGGACCGAGGGCUGGAUGAGAACCAUAAAGACGAUCUGGGCUGGACCCCUCUGCACGCCGCCGCCUGCGAGGGCCACCGGGGGGUCUGUGCCGUCCUAACGGAGCGUGGCAGCAUGGCGCGUGUCGGAGAAAUGGACAUCGAGGGACGGACUCCCCUCAUCCUGGCCGCGCAGGAGGGCCACUGUGGCACGGUGAGGCUUCUGCUGGACCGCCGCUCGCCCAUCGACCACCGGGCGUACGACGGCCACUCUGCGCUGAGCGCCGCCGCCCUGGAGGGCCACGCUGAGGUGGUGGAGCUACUGAUGAGGCGGGGCACCGACACGGACGUACGGGACGCAGAGGGCCGUCCACUGCUCUACCUCCUGGUCCUGGAGGGACAUCUGGACAUGGCUGCCCUCAUCAUGGACAAAGGGGGCGUGCCCCUGGAGUCCCGGGACGGGGAGGGGCGCACGGCGCUGCACGUGGCCUCCUGGCAGGGCAACCUGGAUGCAGUGGCGAUGCUGUUGAGCCAUGGGGCGGACCCUAACACCCAGGAUGGGGAGGGACGACCCCCCUUGCACUCCAUAGCCUGGCGGGGUCAUGUUGAGCCCGGUCGUCUGCUCCUGGAGGUCAGGGGGGUCAACGUGGAUCUGGCCUGCAGACAGCAGGGGGCCACGGCACUGAGCAUCGCGGCUCAGGAGGGCCACGCCAAUAUCGUUGCCAUGCUACUGGAGGGAGGGGCCAACCCAGACCACGUAGACAAGUACGGCCGCAGCCCCGUCAAGGUGGCCGGGAAGAGGGGCCACUUCACCAUCGUCAGGCUGCUGGAGAGCUACGGAGCCAAACCGUACUCAGUCCGUCUGUCCAACACCCUUUCGCCACGGUCAUCCACUGUGAAGAGCCCGUCCUCCGUCGGCUCAGGGAGUAACGUGGCCCAGGCAGGGCGUCAUCAUGGUGCUAGCACCUCCACCUCCUCAGCCUCCUGCUCCCCAGGCUCCACAGCCGAGCACUUCCACUCCAUCCAUAGCUCCCAGACAUCCUCCUCCACAGCCCACUCCCAGGCCACGGUGCAGACUGUCCCUGCUGACAGCCUGUCCUUCACCCAGCAGAUCCAGCAGCACUCCCUUCCACGCUGUCGCUCCCGUCACUCCACCCUGCCUCCACCUGGCUCCGCCCGUGGCAGCCUGCACGGAACCAACCGCAGGGCCCAGUGCCCUAAGGCCAGCCCUCCUCCACCCACCCUCUGCACAGUCACGGCCAUGGUGCAUGACUCUGAACAGACUUACAAAGGCUACCCAGCAGGGUUCGACUAUCCCAGUAAACUCGACCCCCCCAGCCUGAUCCAGGAGGAGAGGCCUCAGUACGGAGGGGGGAGGUGGAACUCUGUCAUGGCUUCUCUAGGGGUGACGCCUGGACAAGAUGGCCCCAAAAACAGGGACAGUCUCCCUAUGGGCUACCCCUACCAGGUCCAGAGCCCGGCUCAGAGAGAGACAUGGGAGGAGAACCGGAAGAUGUCUAUAACCGCCGGUAGUGCCUUAUCUCCUCCCUGCAUGGUGGUCAUGACGACCACGGACCCCCAGCUCAACCUGAAACAGGCCAUCAAGCUGCAGUUUGAAGGGCCCACCAGCGCUGCCUUAUACAAGAGGGAGACACCCCUGUGAACUCUGACCUAACGGUGGACGUGGGAGUUCAAGGGUCCGUUUUCAGAACGGAUAAUGGUUCUUACGGGGCGAGCGGAAGGGGCAUCUCUCUCACCCCCCCCCUCCCACCCUCGCCGCCUUCAGCUCAGCGGACCAGAGGAAGAAUGGAGAGGCUGAAAGACUUCAAAGCCAUUUACAUUCCAGACUUUUUCCGUCGCCUGUUCUGAGCAGCUAAAUAGUGGACACACACACACACACACACACACACACACACACACACACACACACACACACCUCAGACACAAAGCCUUGUGCCAUGGACAAGUCGGAUGGAGAGGGGCUAUCGGUCCACCCUCCUGCUGAUCUACCACACAGAGACAGACCAGAGUGUGUGUGACAGUUCUCUGACCAGAGAGAGAGAGGGAGAGAGAGAGAGAGUGUGUGUGUGUGUGUGUGUGUGUGUGUGUGUGUGUGUGUGUGUGUGUGUGUGUGUGUGUGUGUGUGUGUGUGUGUGUGUGUGUGUGUGACUAUUCUGUGACACACAGACCCAACACAGGGCUGUGGUCUCACCAGGGUUUGACGCUUAACCAAUCAUCAAUGGACUUCUUCAGAAAUCAAACGUUUCUACUCUACAGGGGGAUGAAAAACAUUCAUUUGAAGCCACCACAGAACAGCCAAUAUACGUGUGAAAGGGUUCUCACUAAGAUGAGACGAGAUGGGCAAGGAGACCCACGACAACACAGGACUUAAGAUCGGGGUUUUUUUAUAUAUAGGAGCUCUUUUUCACACCGUAGAUGUUUUCAAAGCCACGAUUCUACUGCCUGUGUGACUUGAUCUUCCUCCACAGUUUUGCUCUCUCUACUUUUCAAACCCCCGAGACACGGCAGGUAUUACCCGCUUGGAGUCUGUCUACGUGCAUCUAUGGGUGGCUUGGAGUCUGUCUACGUGCAUCUAUGGGCGGCUUGGAGUCUGUCUACGUGCAUCUAUGGGCGGCUUGGAGUCUGUCAACGUGCAUCUAUGGGCGGC